AUGGCAAAUCAAGGUAUCGUCAAUCAUCUUGAAAACGUUCGUGGAGUUCCAUCUGGUUUUAAGAAUCUGCAUGAUUCUUUUUACUGCGCUCGUCGACUUGGUGACUGCGGUGCGGAGCUGCCAGUUUAUGAAUACACGAAAGGAUCCGGAUCAUCAGCAAGUUGGUCCUCCACUUCUUCAUCAUUUGCCAUCUUGAUUUUCAUAGUCCUAAACCCUCGUCUCGUCUCGCUAGCUCUCUCGUAUAAGCCUUUUCAUUGGAGACGUCUACCCACCAUAGUUCUUUUUUGUUAAAA